AUGAAGGAGAAUCGCCACAUGAAGAGAAAGCUGCUCCGCGCCGGCCUCAGAUGCAAUGAAUUUUUGGUGGCCAUCGAUUUUGUGGCAAGCCAUCCCACUUUUACAGCCUAUGUGGAUUUCUUUGCUGCAAAGAAAUCAGUUGCUCGCUCACUUCAAGAAGCCAACCAGGAGAGGGCCGACAUCUCUAAUAUGGGAAACCACAUUGGUUUAACCAUCACACGAGACAUUGAAGUGGAAGCAGCAAUAGACUUCAAGAAAGUAAGAAUGGGGUGCAGGCCUAUCAGAGUUUGGGUAUGCUCUAACAAUCCAGAGGAGAAUCGCCGCAUUAAGAGAAAAAUCCACCGCAUCGCCUUCAGGUGCAAUGAAUUUUUGGUGGCCAUCGAUUUUGUGGCAAGCCAUCCCACUUUUACAGCCUAUGUGGAUUUCUUUGCUGCAAAGAAAUCAGUUGCUCGCUCACUUCAAGAAGCCAACCAGGAGAGGGCCGACAUCUCUGUCUGCCUCAAAUCGACAGCUUAG